GAGAUGUUCCGUCCUACUCUGUCUUGUGUAUACCUCUUUUAGUGGAGCGGGCGCGCGGCCACACAGCUCGAGACUCUUCAAUGAAUUGAGGCAGGCAGAUAGUCAUAAGAAAAGUAUGUGCACACAUGGACCACGAACAUGGAGUGUUAUGAAAGAAAACGAGAAGGCGGCGCUGUCGUUUUCUACGUCUAAAUUCAGCGGCGACACUAAGUGUGAGUGACGGAAAGAACCGUUGGCUGAACAGCUCGCAGCUACGGGAUAUUUUGCACAACAAUGGCAACUCCCUAUCAGUGACGAACUUUGCUGCCCUGCCCCCCUUCCUCCCUCUGUCCCUGACACCUUGACACAACUAUUUUCCGUCUCCUAUUUUCUUUUACCCCUCUCUCCAUCCUCCUGAAUUCCUCCAGUUGCUCCUCUCUGUUUCAAACAUGGACUCCUCUGGACAAAUAACCACCUCAGCCCAGGAUGAACAUAUCGACCACAGGAGCAGCCCCAGUCGCUCUGAUCUCAGCGGACUGUACUGUCUGGGUCGCACGUUGGGCAGGGGCCACUUUGCUGUGGUCAAACUGGCUCGUCAUGUCAACACGAGGCAACUGGUUGCUAUCAAGAUGAUUGACAAGACAAAACUUGAUGUUAUGGCAACAAGCCACCUCUUACAGGAAGUGAGGUGCAUGAGGCUGGUGCAGCAUCCCAACGUGGUUCGCCUCUACGAGGUCAUCGACACGCCCACCACCCUCUACCUUAUUAUGGAGCUGGCCGAGGGCGGCGACCUCUACGACUACAUCCUCCGCCAUGAGGGAGGCGUGGCUGAGGGCACCGCCAAACGUCAUUUCGCCCAGAUUGUGCGUGCUGUGGCAUACUGCCACCAGCUGCACGUGGUGCACCGGGACCUGAAGCCCGAGAACGUGGUGUUCUUUCCCCAGCAGGGAGCGGUAAAGCUGACAGACUUUGGGUUCAGCAACUUAUUCCAACCCGGGACAAUGUUGGCCACCAGCUGUGGGUCGCUGGCGUACUCCGCACCAGAGAUUCUGCUGGGAGAAGAGUAUGAUGCGCCAGCUGUGGAUAUCUGGUCUCUUGGGGUGAUCCUGUACAUGUUGGUGUGUGGAGUCCCUCCCUUCCAGGAAACCAACGACAGUGAGACUCUAGUCAUGAUUCUGGACUGUCGCUACUGCGUCCCCAAACAUGUUUCAGACGACUGCAGAGACCUGAUCUCCAGGAUGCUCCAGAAGGACCCGUCUCUCCGCGCCUCACUCGAGGAGAUCGAGGCUCAUCACUGGCUGCAGGGGCUGGAUGACGCCCUGCUCAGCCCGGAGGCCCCGCCACACUGGCUCUCAGGGGCCCUCUCUCCCAGCUCUCCCCGCUCAGGAGCACCUGAGUGUGGGGACCUGCUCGCUGCGAGGCCUGCGCCUCAGCAGGCUUUCCCUGGCCCAUGGCAGCCCAGCCUCAGCUUCACUCUUCGUCCACCUCCUGCUGAAGAGCCACCGGUAACCAAGAACCUGCCGGCACUACAGCAAAUCUGUGAGGAAGAGGAGGAGGAGGAGGAGGAAGAGGAGGAGGAGGAGGAGGUAGUGGAGGAGGAAGAGGAGGAGCAGGAAGAGAUGGAAAUAGAGAAAGAAGACAGUGGGUGUGUGAUUUCAGACCAGCCAGUCAGUCAUGGAGACAAGCUGCUUAGUCAGACACCUGAAGUCCCACCAUCGUCUCUGUCUGGUUUGAGGGUACCGUGCUGUCGGGGGCAGCCAGACACCACAAGCCCAGAGGAAGGAAAGGACGAGGAGACGGAACCCAACAACAACAACAACAAAGCUCCUCCUCUACUCCCUGAAUCCUCUGUGCCCUCCAUUCUUGCAUCCUCUUCCAGACUUAACCUGAACGAGAAGGAGGCACAAAAAACAGGAAGAGAAGGAGAGGAGAAAACAGAGGAGGGAGGAAGUGAUGACCUCUUGACAGACAGAUCUCAACCCCACAAUGCAUCGGGGACCCGGGAUGAGGCCACUCCGAGGGUGGAGCAGGGGAAACGUCAUAGCAUAAAGCUGCGUGAGAGACUCUUUCAGUUCCCUCUGUGUGAGAAAGCUCUGGCCUUCAACAUACCGACAAACAACAAGCCCAAGAUCCUGCCGCUGGCUCAGUACAACUGCUGCCAUGUGCUAUAAGUGAAACCACUGACUGAUGUACUGCUCGCUCACUUGGGACAUGCAGACUGUUUGCAGUGGGCAUGUGGCUGACUACAGAGCGCACACCCUGUGAAGAGGCAGACCGCUGUGUGAGCCUUUCUGCUGCAGAGACCUGGAGGCAGGAGGGCAAACGCUCUCAAUGCAAACAGCAAGUGUGCAGGAUGGGACGUGAACUGCUUCAGACCUACAAACACUCACUUCUAGCGUUGUGCUCAUGUAAUAAACAUUGUGUUGCGCUAGAGGUGGUGUACAGCACAGUAGUCAUGCGUUUGCUGCUGUUACAGGGGCAACCAUAGAUUUACAAUGUGUAGACAGAGUCCAAUCUGUAGCUUAGAAACGAUACUGGUCCUACAGGAAGGAGGGAGACUGAAGAAAGUAAGAGAUAGACACACUGCAAGCCUUAGUGCCCAAUUCUGAUUUAUUGCUCAGAUUUCUUAGUUUGGCUGUUCACAGUAUUUUUUAGAUGUGUCCAAAAUCUGAUUCCAGUGUGAACUGGUCACAGUCCUGAACUGACCUGCAUGCGUUAAAGAACAAUAACUACACCACACACUGUCGUACGGUAGUAAGCGUGGAGAGUAUGUUGAUGUGCAGUGGAAGCCAGCAAACUUGUUAGGAGAUGAUUACGUUCACUGUCCCUCCACUGUACCCACAAUGUCGAUCUAUGAAUGACUGUUCAGACUGAGGUCGCAUUGCAAAAAAUCAGAUCGAGGACCACAUGUGAAAAUGGCCCAGAUCAGAAUUGAAAAGAUCAGAUUCCAUGUGAGUUGUGCUGUUCACACUGUUAUGAAAAAGUCUCAGAUCGGAGUCACAUGUCCAAAACAAAUAAAUCUGAUUUUGGCCACUUUUUCCUGCGUUCUGAACGUAGUCAUAAUGACUGCAACCGUUUUUAUUGAAUAAGCUAUAUUCUGUUUUGUUUGUUUAAAAGGUGCCUACGUGGAUGAAAUGGGUUUCAUACUGUACAUGGCCACUGUGUCAUUUUAGUUCUGACUGUAAAAAGCUCUAAAAGUCUGAAUGGUCUCGCACUCAGUAGAUCCAUGUUUUCAUAUUUUAUAAUAUGAAUUAGAAUAAACUUUGAACCAGCUUCUGCUACAGAGUAGCAUUUGUUUCCUCUUCCCUUUUGCACAACCCGCUUCUCCAGUGGUUUAAAAGCUCUUACUAUAAGCUCUAUUAAAGAACGACUGUUAUAUGAUGUGAUAUAUGAUAUACUUACUGUAAUAUAUGCCUAAGAAUGAGAUAUGGUUUUCUGUUCUCUUAAUCCUGAAAUCUAACCCAUAUAAUGACUUGUCCUAACAUACCGUACUAUACUAUUGAUAGGCUCAUUGAUCAUUGAUUGGGAUGCAGGGGUUUCAUUGUAUUUGAACUUUCUUUCUAUUCAUACUGAACAGUUAAGUAUUAUUUUAUCUUAACAGUUUUAUUUUGGAUGUGCAGAUUUAAGGUUUCAUGAUUUUUUACAAUGUGACAAAGAUAUUAAUGAUCUAAAGAGAAAUGUGACUUUGUGCAUGUUCUUACUGUUAUUUAUCACAAUAUACCUCCAUGUGUCUUGUAUCUGACGGGACAUGUUCUGUAACUGUAAGUGUACCUUGAGGUAACCGCUGAAUGAUGAAUUGCACACAGUCCGACUCCUGUAGCUGGAUGGAUAGAUUUGUUGCUCAUUUGGACCCAAUGAUUUGAUAUGUUAUUAUGUAGCCUCCGUAUGGUAAUAUUUUACCAUAUAAUGCCUCUGUGUGUUUCUAUUUUUUCUCAUUACACACUGUAUUUUUCCUCAAUUGAAGCUGAGACAAGAAGUGAAACAUUUUGUAACGUUAAAGAAGGCCAAAGCUGUACAAUAAGCUACAUUUUCCUCUGACAGUUCAGUAAACAGAGCGUGUUCCUGUCACUGCAGCGUCACAAGUACAACAAAUUGGAUUGUAUCGUGUGACCUGUGACCGGACGGUCCCCGCCUAUACCAGGAGCGGAUGCCAUGUGAAAUCUGAUUAUCACUCAUAUUUCAUCAGCUAUGGAAACAUAAAAGCUGUGCAGAAGAGGGAUAAAAUCCCAUUAUUUGUUCCUGUGUGAUUGCAGCCCGUCUCUCCUCAGUGUGUCUACUGACCUGCAUUGUAACUAGGACCACGACUCCAUGGAGCCAUGAACUUAUUUUUCUGUAUUUAUUUAUUAAAAUAGAUUAAAUCAGGA